AACUCCUUUUUGAUCCUUCUCACUCGGCUGCCCUUCCACGAAGGUCUGCCCUUGUUGUGAAGUUCGACUACGCUAUCCACUGAAGUCUGGCUACUAGUUGUGUUGCCCAGUAACAGGCACAACAAUAAUAUGGUAAAUCGUCGGAGCUAUCAGGAACAGAAGCGGUAUUUUUUACACAUCGAUAAUCGUUCGACAGUCCAACUCCGAAUAGUAUCGUGACUUCGAGAAUUGUGAACAUGUUCUCAAUCUCGUAGUUUGUAUUCCUUUGCGGUUAUUCGUGCGCGCCUUGCGCCGAUGCAUUGCGGUAAAAUGCCAACAACGGCAAACGCCCUCGGCCUCACCCCUCUUCGAGGCGACUGUGAUCCCCUGCCGAUCUUUGAAGACCAAGACCCUUCUUUGUUGGAAGGUCAACGACGGCAUCUCAACGAAAUGUCUGCCAAUCUGAUUCAGAAUAUGAGUCUCGAGAAGGCAUCCGCCGCUGACAUUCGUCGGGCCCGUAAUUUGACACUUCUCAGUGAGCUUUAUGAGGAGGCUGCUGUCGCCUACGAUGAUGGUGACAAAAAGAAGUUACUCGAUUUGAUUGCUACUGCUGAAGAUCUAGUCGGCAGCGGUUCCCUGUAUGACCGACAGCCAAGCGAUGAUAUUGUUACUGUGGAUUCAAUGAGGGUCCUUCCUGAGGCGGAUCACUGAGGAUGACGCUACGUUAUACACAGCUCUCGACGUACACAUCCUAGCUGCAUGCUUUCUUGGGCUCUCUCAUUCCUCCUGUUCUUCUGAUACUGUAUCCUCUAUUGUCGCGAACUCUGAGAAGCUCGCAAUAGUCUGGUUAAUGCAGCAAUGCUGGCCAGAGUAAAUUAUCUCCUUCCUUCUCUUUCUCUCUCCCUUGGUUGCCCAUUACUACGAAUCGCGGUGGCGACGCAUCGCCUUAGUAGCCGUUUCCAAUAGUAGCUAUUGUUGUCCUUCCUCUGUAAGGGCUCGAGUAUUCCAGCGAGUCAUAAUCAUAAACCACUGGGAGCUUCGAUAAUCUGUUGGUGUGAAGUGACGACUGAUCUGUGACGUACACGUGGUGAGUCGGUACUUCAAUUUUUGUUGGUGAAGAAGUACUUCAUGGAUUCGUUAUAAGAUUGAUCUAACCCCCGCGCCAUUCAAGUAGCACAACGCUUGCGUUGUUUCAUAGCU